UACUCUAACGUCUGUCGCUACAUUACAGAGAAAUAUUUAUUGAUGAAAAAGUUUCAUUCUAGUCGAGUUUAAAGAUUCGUUAUUUGUCAAGUUAAAUACUCAAGCUGUCUGUGAUAACAAAACGUUGAUCGUAUAAAAUAAAAAUUGCCGUGCAAUCCCGACUCAGUUUCGGAUUUAACUUCGUUCGACUAUAACUCACAUUAAAAAAAUUGUGGAAAACAAAGUCAAUGACUGAAUUGUUGUGAAAGAUUGUGACAAUAAAAUAUUGAUAGAAGACUUGAAUGAUAAAAUGAUAAUCAGUAAAGUUUGCUUUUAAUUGUUUCGCAUCUUUGAUAAAAAAAAAUCGUGAUAGAUAUCUAAUUAAGUAAGACAAGUUGUUUCAAGUUGUGAUCAAUUUAAAGUGCCACUUCAUUCAUUAGCAAUCAGCAACGAUGGUAUUACUGUUAUCAGGAUUCUUUGAAAAAGUUCCAGCACGUUUCAAUGUUGCGAUCAUGUUAUUUAUGGCAUGUUUCACGGCAUACAUGCUUCGCACAAACAUCUCAAUCAACUUAAUUGCAAUGGUGCAAGAUACAAACACGAAUGGCACAAGUGAACCACUUCCAGAUUAUGGACCACGAUACCCUUGGGACAAGAAGCAACAAUCGUAUAUUCUUGGAGGAUUCUUUUGGGGAUAUUUAACGACAAGUCUGUUUGGUGGCGGCCUAGCAGAGCGAUUUGGUGGUCGACACGUCAUAGGAAUUUCUCUCUUGUUAAGUGGAAUUGUGACCGGAAUUUCACCUUUUCUAGCUGUUAACUCGUGGGUACCAACUUUCGCUGCACGUGCUUUACUUGGAGUCCUUGGUGGAGUCAUUUUUCCGGCCUUACAUAAUCUCGUUUCACAAUGGGCGCCAAAAGAAGAGAAAGGAAAAUUUGUGUCGGCACUUUUAGGUGGUGCACUUGGCAAUGUUUUCAUUUGGAUGAUUCUGGGAAUCGUAAUCGAAACAUUUGGAUGGGAAUUUGGAUUUUAUAUUCCAGCAAUUAUCACGUUUGUGAUUGUUGGGUUUUGGUAUUAUUUUGUAGCUGACUCACCUACAAAGCAUACGAGAAUAUCAAAGAAGGAACUUGAAUUGAUUCAACAUUCAUUGGGUGACUCCGUUUCAAAAGAAAAAAAAUUCCCUCCACUUGUUAGUAUUCUUACUUCAAUUCCAUUCUACGCUUUGAUGGUUCUUCAUUACGGAUCUCUUUGGGGCUUGUACUUCCUUCAAACAGCUGCUCCCAUGUUCAUGACUGAAGCUUUAAAUUUCAAUCUUUCAAAAGCUGGGAUACUUUCAUCACUUCCACACUUGGCACGACUUUUAGCAGGCUUUGGAUUCGGUGCCAUUGGUGAUUUCAUACGACGGAGAAAUUUGCUUCAAGUGACGACAACUCGUAAAUCGUUUUGUUUAUUUUCGCACAUUAUCCCAGGACUAUUUUUGAUUUCCAUUUCUUACUUUGCUUCUGAUCCUUACAUCAUUGUUGCAAUUAUAACUUUAUCACUUGGCUUUAAUGGAUCAGCAGCGAUGACUAACUUACAGAACUCCCAAGAUCUGGCACCGAACUUUGCUGGAACUCUCUAUGGAAUCAUUAAUUUCGUUGGGACAACAAGUGGAUUUAUCUCGCCAUUAAUCGUCGCAUAUUUCACUGAAGAUUCGAGUACGGUCAACGAAUGGAAGUACGUGUUUUGGAUUGGAGCUUCUGCUUACAUUAUUCCAGCAGUCAUAUUCGUGUUUCUCGGUGAUGGAAACGUACAAAAAUGGAACGAAACAAAGAAAAAAUCCAAAGAUGAAAUUAAAUUAAUCAAUCACUCUGCAAAUAUUAUUGAGAAUUGCGAUUACAUUUGCGUAAUCAUGUUUGAUUUUGCAUCUUUCACAGCUCAAAUCCCGACACGGUUUAAUGUUGCUGUUAUGUUGUUCAUGGCAAGCUUCACAUCAUACAUGCUUCGAGUUAACUUCUCAAUCAUUAUCAUUGCAAUGACAAAGUCAAGCGCAAUGAAUUCGACGGAAAAAAUCGUGGAAAAUUUCACCGGUAGCGGAAGCAGUGACGAGUUUGAUUGGAACAAAAGAGAUCAGGGAUUAUUAUUGAGCGCUUACUUUUAUGGAUAUAUUUUCCCGAACUUACUCGGUGGAUUUUUGUCAGAGAAGUUCGGUGGACGAUUCGUUAUUUUCAUCGGAUUGUUGUCAUCAUCAAUCAUAACUGCAUUAUCACCAUUGGCAGCAAAUGAUAAUUUCAUCCCAAUGUUCAUGUCACGUUUAGUUUUGGGCAUCAUGGGAGGUUUUUUGUACCCAGCCUGUCAUAAUGUCAUCUCAAAAUGGUCACCAAUGGAAGAGAAAGGAAAAUUCGUUUCAUCACUUCUCGGUGGAACACUUGGAACUGUCAUCACGUGGCCUCUUACCGGUUUUAUAAUCGAAAAGCUUGGAUGGCAAUUUGGAUUUUAUUUAUCGGCAGGUUUUACGUUUCUUGUUGCAUUUUUAUGGCUUUAUUUCGUAUCAGAUUCACCAGCAAAUCAUCCACGAAUUCAGAAGUCAGAAAAAGAUUUCAUUGAGAAAUCAAUCGGUGCAAGUGUAACAAGUGGAAAGAAAAAUUCAUUGCCAAAAAUCAAAGAGAUGUUAAUGAGUCCACCGUUCUAUGCACUUCUUUUACUUCAUUUUGGAAACAAUUGGGGCUUGUUCUUCCUUAUCACAGCAGCACCAAAAUUCAUGAGUGAAGUUCUCAAAUUCAAACUCACUGAAGCUGGAAUGUUAUCGAGUUUGCCUUAUUUAAUGAGACUCAUAGCUGGUUUUGGCUUUGGUAGUAUCGGUGAUUGCAUCCGUCAUAAGAAUCUAUUCAGUGUCACAACGAUAAGAAAAACAUUUUGUAUUUUCUCGCAUUUGAUUCCGGGACUCUUCUUAUUCUUGCUUUGCUUCGUUGGUUGCGAUCCAUAUGUGUGUGUUGCAAUCAUAACAUUAUCACUUGGAUUCAACGGCGCUGCCACGAUGACAAAUUUACAAAACUCACAAGAUUUAGCUCCAAAUUAUGCUGGUUCACUUUAUGGAAUAAUCAACUUUGUCGGUUGCACCAGUGGCUUCAUUUCACCACUUGUCGUUGCACAUUUUACUCAUCAGCAAAGCACAAUGGAAGAAUGGCAACAUGUCUUCUACAUUGGAUCUUUAGCUUACAUAAUUCCAGGAAUUAUUUUCAUUAUUUUCGGAAGUGGGGAAGUUCAGAAAUGGAAUGAAAGAAAAGAAGAAAGUGAAGUUGAGAAAUCUACUUGA